AAGUUUACGCGGCUGAGCGGCCGCCGCGGCCGUGUGCCCCGCUCCAUACACAUUUAAUAAUAAAGAUCACAAAUAGUAGUGUAGUAUUGAGUGUUGUUUCUGCAAGAUAUCGGGACUAAAUUACCAGUUUUAUUAUGUUUUGGAGGGGAAGCCAUCGGUAGGCGCUGUCAACGAACUAUUCGCUCGAAGAUCUUCCAUCUUUGGCAGCGGAAGUAGCGGCGGAUGUCCCGGCAAUGGAUAAUCCGUCGUAUUUUGCGUUGCCGAACAAGGAUGUUCCGGACAGCGCGGAAUCUCAAGGCUCCUCCGAGCCAUGUUCCCGGUCAGCUCCCGGUCGCGUGUGGCCGGAUGCCGGCCGACCGAUCGGCUCCCCCCGCCGCAGGGAACCGGAGAGCCCCAGACGCAAAGAGUUCAGGGCGUUACUCAGAUCACUGUCUGCUCGGGAGCCAGAACAAGCUGAAGCUUUUCUAAAAGGACAACCAAGGCCGGGUGAUUGCGCUCCCGGAGAUAUGAGACACACAUUCACUGCCCCGCGUAUCAAGAAGGGCAAAAUAAGUACAACAGUUGUCACAAGCGAUGGUCCACAAGAGCGCGAAGAAGUGUUCUACACGAUUCCCCUUCAGGGUAGAAGAAGGCAUUCGGUGGGCGGAUACCUGGCCACGGGCGCGGCUGGCGCGGGAGAAGUGACGGCGGUACCUAGCGAGGUGCCGAGGAUGCCACCACCACGGUUCAACCAAAAGGAAGAGGACACCAUCAAGAGGAGAAGACCAAAGAAUUUUACAUUCAAAGAAAUGGAAGAUAUUGCAAUACUGUGGAGCUCCGGCUCUCCUGAAAGUGCGUUAUGGUCGGACUACUUGGUAGCAAGCUUCGAUAAAAUCAUGUCGCAGCGAGCUAGACAUCAUUACAGAGUAACUCCGAUAACCGCAGAAGAACUCUUGGCACCAGACUCUCAAGAGAAAGUGGAAAAACUGACAAAGGCACAGCUGCAAAUAGUGAUCCUGUGCCCAAUCCUCGCCACCAAGCUGGCGGACCUCAAGAGAGAGGUCAACGGGGACAGUCUGUUCAAAGUCGACAAGGUCUUAGUGAUGCUGCUCGGAGUUGAGAAAAAUCAAGUCAUCUCCGGCAACUGCGAAGAUUAUCCGACUAUAGACCAGUGGCAAAUGAUGUGCGUGCGCGAAAAGGACACGUCGUUUGUGGACACGUUCCUAACAGCAGCCGUCGGAAUACUGCGCACCAAAGAUUGCAAGGAUACAGCCACCGACAGAACCAGCUUCUCCAUUGUGCCAAAAAAAGUCAAAAUCGGACAAAGUCGAGUGAUAGCGCUCCUCAACGACCCUAUUAGAGACGAGGACAGCAUAAAGAUAAUGGUGGACAAGAAGGGCGAGGUCAUCAACAUACCCAGCUUCAAAAAGAGGAACCCUUACACACUUCAGUUCGAUAUUCCAGAGUCGUGCCUUGAAGUUUCGAUGCUCGUGUGGGUGCGUGUUAGCAAGAACGGCCAGUCGCUGGGGCGAAGACAAAUCAAAUGCGAAAGCAGACUCAGGGAAUUGGAUCAGCUGUUACGAGCAUCAGAUCAUCCUCUGGAGUUUAUGUGCCAGACUUUGGGCUUUAAAACAACCAGCAAAGAACAAUUGGACAGUUGGAUGUUGAACGCUUUCCAAAAGAACAUACCACCACACUUCAACCUUCUUGCAUCUACCGAGCAGUUCAACCCGAAAGCUGAUAUGUCCAGUGGUGAGGAAUACCCCACAUUGUUACACUGGGCGGCUCGGUUUGGCCUAGAACGUUUAUGCUGGCAGUUGUUAGAAUGUCCCGGUGGCGGCGCUGCCGUCGCACUCCGCAAUGUUCGACAGCGCACCCCUGCAGACCUCGCCAGGGACCACAAGCAUUACGCACUUGCUGACAUGCUAGCCGAUCAUCUCAAAAUAAAUGAAUUCUCCAACAUGUACUACUAUUUGAAAAACAUGUCAGACAACGACAAAGAAGAGAGCCAAGACGAAGCUAAACAAGAUGAACUUAGAAUUGUAGAAACAUGCGACACUGUCGACUCGCCAGUACGCAAUGACCACAGAAACAUAGCAGAAUCCACCGAUCCCUUCAGCGAAGCGUGCACACAGAACUUAGAGAAAAACAUCGAAAAGGCAGAUGAUAUCGAUAAGAAACGACCAAAUCUGAGGCUCCCGAAAAUUAAGGAACAGUUCUACCAAAACGAAUUCCCGCUUCAUGACAAUCAAGUAGACAGAAUACAACAAGCACUCGAACACGACUACUUGGUCCAACCCUCCAACAUAAAAGUAGAAAGCCCUAAGUUCAGACCAAAUAACUUAUACGCGAAUAGUUCGAGACUGAUGCCGCAGCAGUCGGACAUAUUCUUGUACUCGCCCACCGAAGAAUCUAAGACUUUUACCAUUGACACUCCUACUAGUGAUAUAAGCCAAAUAAACCUUAAUACCAAAGAUGCGCGCAGCAGCGGCAGUGUGAAAUCAGGGAAAGAAUCCUUUCCACUGACUGGACAAGAAGAGUUAGCAGAAAUAAUAAACGAUUUCAAAAACAACGUGUUUACGAUAUCGGAGGUAGAAAAGUUGGUGAUGGAAUGGAAAAAUAGGAACGAGACUCAACAGUCGCUCAAAGAGAAGCAGGAACAGUUGAACAAAAUGAGAGAGGAGUACGAUAGGAUACAGCUGAAGAUAAAAGACAACAUGAAAAGACCAACACCCUUUGAGAGGGUGAAGAAAAUGUUCUCCAAGAGCAAAAAUAAACAUCAUCACCAUGAAAACAAUAAUGGCACAAUUGAAAAACGAAACGGAAAUACACGACCAAAUAGCAGCUUGAGUGAAAGUUCGUCAUCAUCGGGACGUUUGAGUACAGUCAGCGGCGGCAGCGUGGCCGAGACUAACAGUGUCCAAUCUGAGAUUGAUGACAAAGCUAGGUCUAUUAUUUCAUCAAGCACGUUGACGAUGCAUUCGGCGUGCGACGGUGAGAACAGAAUGGAUGACUACUUGAUCCCGCCACCACCUCGCCCGCUAAAUGGAUGCCCCCAGUUCACUACUUUUGGACAUCCUAAACAUGACAGCAGAAACCAACACAUGGCAACCAUAGUCGAGCGUGAAACGUCAGCGUCUCGAGAAACGCUGGACUGUGACGCCGACACUCGUAAUGGCACUCACUUGCGACUGAACUUCGGUUCGCGCGACCGGUCGCACCCGACUAGUCGCUGCGACGACCGAGAUGGCGCACAUAUGUACAUGAACAUUUCUGCCACGCACACAUAAUAUUACAACUAGAAUCACCUUUAGUUUUAUUCCAAUAUCACAUUCGUGUAUUUUUGCAUAGUGAAGGACACUCCGUAUAACAACGAAAUAAUGAUGUAAUACGCUCUUGAGUCAACGUGUAUAUUUACCGUGAUACUGCCAAAUAAUAGAAGCUUGUAGUCUCUAUUAAGAGAUCAAUGUUAUAAUAAUAUUAUCUUAUAUUAUUUGAUAGGUUUAAUGUAUGUGUAAAGUAGUCGAAUCAAAAUAAUAAGUGUCACCAAACGAAAAGUAAGUUUUGUACCAACAUUCGAAUAGUACGAUAUUUCCAUUAAAAUAAUGAAGACUGAAAAGAUGCAUGUAAAUAUUGUAUAUAUAUUUUUUACCAUAUAAACGUAAAAUCUCUAUUUAUUGUCGUCGUCGAUUUUAAAGCAGAUACGUAAUAUUUUAAAUAGUACAAAAUAUAUCCAUGUUUAGGUAAUCUAGCCAAAAUAAAGUUAUUAUUUAAGCAUUUACUUUAUUAUAUAAAAAAAAAACAUUAGCAUACGAGAAUCUUGGCCUAAAAGAUCUGCUUGAAGGAAUAUUUUUUACUUUUAUUAAUACUUUGUAUUAAAUCGUCCAAGAUGCAUUUAUUGUACCAAUGUAUACCUACUAUGUAUUGUGAAAAUAAACUCAAAAUGCUGUA